AUGGACGAACAAACAAAGGAAGAUGGAGGAAUCGAUCCCGCGCAGCAGUAUGAGGAUGAAGACGACGAUGACUUCGACCCGUUCCUGCACGCUGUCGUGCCGCGCAAUCUCUACCACAAAUUUCAAAUUGAGGGCAGCAAGCGAUGGGGGCCACCUACCGAGAUCCUGCCCUUCCUCUUCCUUGGGUCGUGUUUCUGUGCCAACGAAGAGGAACUGCUGCGCGAGCUCGGGGUGGACCACAUCCUCAACGUGGCCGAAGAGUGUCCCCCGCCGCCCACUGUCGCGAACAGGAAGGAGGGCGAGAAGCUGGUUAAGCACUACAUGAUGGUCGACGUCGUGGAACAUAUUCGCAAGAGCGAGAAUCAGUGGAACACGUUCGAGUCGUGCUUCAAUUUUAUCGACAAAGCCAGAGUGGCUUACGAAGGGAAAAACGGUGGCGGUAAGAAGAGACGGGGUAGCAAGCGGAUGAAGAGGCCCGGCAAGGACGGGGAGGAGAAGACCGGCGAGCGGAAGGGCAGCGGGAUGAAGAUCCGUUUAGGCCUGAAAACAGGCAAGGACAAAGAGGGCGGAGCGAGUCCGCCUGAAGGGGGCGCGACUGGAGGCGACAGAGUGCUGGUGCAUUGCAUGCACGGCCGGUCCCGCUCGGCCACGAUUGUACUGGCGUAUUUGAUGAAAAAGGAGGGGUGGACACUGCGAGAGGCCUACGUGCAUGUCAAGCUGCGACGACCCAUUGUUGGCCCCGACAAGUACCUGAAGCACCAGUUGAUUGACUACGAGAAACACCUCUUCGGCAAGUCGUCGUUUCAGAACGUCGAAGAGUUCCGCGACUUCCAGGUGCAGCUCACACCUGAGCUCGAGCUAAAGGAGAAGGAGCGAAAGCAAAAGCUGAAGGAGGAGGCACUGCAGCAAGAGCAGUCCUCCUCGUCCAACGACAGCAACACGACCAAGGCCGGAGAAGAUGGAGGCGAAGAGGCAGAGCACUGCAACAAGGAGAUGACGGCCGACGGCGAGGAGGAAGAGGAGGAAGAAGAGAGCAGCGGCAACAACGGCAACGCGGACAACAAGGACGAAGAUGAGGGCAAGGGCAGCGGGAAGAAGGCAAAAAAGAAGAAGAAGAAGCAGAGCAAAAAGAACAAGAAGGCCAGCGACGAGGAGAGCACAGCAGCAGGAACGGAAGCGAGUGGCGAGGAGAAAAGGAAGAAGACAAAGAACAAGGAGAAGAGCAAGAAGCGGAAGGACGGAUCCACGUCUUCCGGAAGCGCGACGGGGUCGCCUCGACAGGACGAGGAAGGCGAGGAAGGUGAGUGCAACAACCGAAAGCGAGGUGGCAGCGUAGCCUCCGUCUCCAAGGACGAACCCGUCAAGACGAAGAAAAAGAAGAAGAAGCUCACCACCGCCAACAGCAACGACCAGCCGUCGCGUACAACGCAGGCUUGA